AUCGCAGCGCAGUGCUGCGGUUUAGUGGCUGGGAGAAGACACAGCAGCUUGAACGGGCUGCGAUCCUGGAUUUACGAGAGCAGACAGUGUGAAGCGAUGCGAUUACUGUGCUUUAAUUCAUCGGGAUGUGCAGACUUGUGCGUAAAAGUUGUGCCAAGCAACACAAAUGCGUAUCAUACAGUAAGGACACGCUGACUGACUUCAGCACCACGGACAGCUCAGUGAAACUCCGUGUCGCUGUCCGUGGUUUUGAAACCAGCUGCUUUUACAGACAAUUCAUUCAUUCAGUCCUCUUUCUCCCAUCACUUUGGCAUGAAAACUUUCCAACACCAAGUGGAUUACCAUACACCACAGGAAGCGUUCAUUACUGCAACUAUUUGGUUCUGUUAAAUACAACUUCAUCUAGAAAUGCUUGAUCCACAGUGCAAGUUUGGCUCAAAACACCAUUCAGUGUUGCACCCGCCUUUAAUUCUCGAGACACUCCAUAUUUUAGGCUGAUUUUCUCUUUCUGUCAACCACAGAAUCUGCUUGCUCUUUCAGGGCGGGUUUUUCCCUCCCUGUGUGUCAAGUCCGUAUGGAUGCGCCAGAGGGGAGCUUAACGCUCAUAGGGGAGGGACGAACGAAGUCAAGUUGGGAUCAUAUCAGGAAGGAGCGCACCAGCAGAGCGGGACAGACGGCACCAGGGGAAAGAGGCACGUCUUCAUGUCAUUUCACACGAUUGCUUUCUGUCACCGAUAACAGCAGAGUUCCUUCAGAAGAAAAAAGUGAGCCGGAUCCCUAAUAACGACGUGGGGGAGAGAUGCAGCCAGUGGCGAGAUGGACUUUGCUGCUUCUUCUCGUGUGUUUGAAGGCGCAAGACUGUUUCUCAUCCAAGGCAGAGGACCGGCUGUUCAGGAAGCUGUUCAGACGAUACAACCAGUUCAUCAGACCCGUGGAGAACGUCUCCGACCCCGUCACUGUGGAGUUCGAGGUCUCCAUCUCGCAGCUGGUCAAAGUUGAUGAAGUGAAUCAAAUCAUGGAGACAAAUUUAUGGCUCAGGCAUAUUUGGAACGACUACAAGCUACGAUGGAUGCCAGCAGAGUUUGACGGGAUUGAGUUCAUUAGAGUUCCAUCAAACAAGAUUUGGAGACCUGACAUUGUGCUCUAUAACAAUGCUGUAGGGGAUUUCCUGGUGGAGGAUAAGACAAAGGCCUUGCUGAAGUUUGAUGGUACUAUCACCUGGGUUCCUCCAGCCAUUUUCAAAUCCUCCUGCCCGAUGGACAUCACCUACUUCCCCUUUGACUAUCAGAACUGCUCCAUGAAGUUUGGCUCCUGGACUUAUGACAAAGCCAAGAUUGACCUGGUACUUAUUGGGUCCAAGGUGAACCUGAAAGACUUCUGGGAGAGUGGCGAGUGGGAAAUCAUCGACGCUCCAGGCUACAAACAUGAUAUCAAGUACAACUGCUGUGAGGAGAUCUACCCAGACAUCACCUACUCCUUCUACAUCCGACGCCUGCCACUCUUCUACACCAUCAACCUCAUCAUCCCCUGCCUCCUCAUCUCUUUCCUCACAGUGCUGGUUUUCUAUCUCCCAUCUGACUGUGGAGAGAAGGUCACGCUCUGUAUCUCCGUCCUGCUCUCCCUCACUGUGUUCCUGCUCGUUAUCACCGAGACCAUCCCCUCCACAUCGCUGGUCAUCCCGCUCAUUGGAGAGUACCUGCUCUUCACAAUGAUCUUCGUCACACUCAGCAUUGUCAUUACUGUGUUCGUGCUGAAUGUACACUACCGCACGCCAAUGACCCACACCAUGCCGUGUUGGGUGCGCUCGGUGUUUCUCAAAGUGCUGCCGAGGAUUAUGCUGAUGCGGAGACCGAUUGAUGACGACAGCAGGGCUGGGGUGGACGGCAGUGGGGAGGCAGGAGGAGGAGCUGGAGGGGGAGGAGGAGGCGGAGGAGGAAAAGGAGGGAAGAAGCGAAAGAAUAGCUUGAUGCAGGUUGGAGGUGGAUCCCUCAACUGUCUGGAGUUUGGGGACAGUAAGUUCUCGUCAGUGGAGGGCUGCACUGGAAAGAAAUGCCCUUGUCCCUGCCAGCACGAGACCCCCGAAACGCCAGACGCUGGGAAGAUGACGCGUCAGCUGAGUCCCCAGAGCAUCAACACAGUGGUGGCCUUUUCUGUGGUGUCACCUGAGAUCAAGCAGGCCAUCGAGAGCGUCAAGUACAUCGCUGAAAACAUGAGGAGUCGAAACAAGGCCAAAGAGGUGGAGGAUGACUGGAAGUACGUUGCCAUGGUCAUUGAUAGAAUCUUCCUUUGGGUGUUUGUCACCGUGUGCGUCCUGGGAACCACGGGUCUGUUCAUCCAGCCUCUCUUUGGCUUCGUCUCAUAAUCGCUAACCAAACCAAAUCGGGGUUCUCUGCCACCCUGUGCUGACCAGUCAUGAGCAAGUAACGAAUGAACUCUCAGUUCUCAAAAAUGAAAAGACAGAGUUUUGAGUCCUAAGGCUCUAUUUGGUGUGCUGGUUUUGCUUCCUGCCCUCUGCACAGAAAGAAGUAGAGAAGUUGAGAUUAAAAAGGCUGGUAAACCUUUAUGUCAUUUAACCUUCAUGUCUUUUAAAGCUGCUUAAUUUCACCCAAAAUAAUACAUAUUGCCUACAAGAGGGGUACUGCUCUCAUUCUGUGGAUAAUCAUAUAGUAGUGGCAGCAUCUACUUGUAAAAUGUUUUCUUCCUGUUUUAUAAAUAAUUUUUUUCUACUCCAUUGCUCACAAGAAUUAAAUAAUAUCAGUUUUACUCAAUACUUCUGUGCAUUUACUGCAAAUAUUUACAUUUAAAUCAAUGAAAUAAAUCUAAUUACAAUUGAAUAUAUUAAAUAUGUGAUUGAAAUGGAGCUCAACCUCAGCAAAUAGCAUGAAUAUCAUUAGAGUCAGUGUUGGGUUGUGUUAUAGACUCCAGGGAUUAUCUAACAGAAUGCAGCUACUGCUUACAAUACAAAGCCAAAAUGUAGAAACUGGAGUGCAUUUUGAUGGGUUUUAGCUCUGUUUUUAUAGUUGUUGCAAAUUUUACAUGCUGCUUUCAUAGAAAUGCUUUCUCAUGAUAAAGAUGUCAGAAAGUCAGAUUCAGGUCUUAAAUGUAAAAUGUCCAAAUAUGUAGUUAAUGUGUUUUGACCUCUUGCACGGUUUAAAGGAAUUUAUAUAACAGCUCGACUGGGAUUAAAACUGGACACAUUCAGUAGUCCUUCAGGACUGGAACCUGAACAUCCAACAGAUGUUAGUGAACUGGGAACUCCCCACAGCCAGUAGACAUGACACAACAUGGAACUCAACUGUGCAGCAGCCUUCCACAGAGCUGACUGAUGACUGUCAAACCCACUCCCCACUCUGAUUCGUCAAGCUUCUCACUGUCAGAGCCAAUCGCUGCUUGCUGCUUUUUCGUGUCAUUUCCAAUUAGAUCUUUUUUUUUUGUAAUUAGAAAACCAUGUGUUUAUAAAUGUUCUCUCUGAUUAAUGUUCCACAAGGUAAUUGGUUGGCCUGGUAAAUACAGGAUUAAAUGGUUCUUGAUUACUUGCUCCUGAAAUAGAUUUACAUUUAUUAAUUCUUGAGAGGAUUCUAUCAUCCGAUUCUACGGCUACUAGUUUAAUCAUUUUUUUCUUGUCACUUUUGAUUAGGCUUACUAUUUAAAAGCAGAGAUGCAAUGAAAGAAAAAUGCAUGUCAGAAUUUUUGAUUGCUUUUACCUCGGGCUGGGCGAUACAGUGUAUCCAAUUGAUUGAAUUAAUUGGAUUGUUGGUUUUUUUGUUGUUGUUGUUUUCACGAUGUUAGAAAGGUUUUGAUUUCGAAAUCAGGAUGUGUGAUUCCAGUGAUGUCUUUAACACAAUACAAACAAUAGCAGUAAGUAAGAAACUGGUUUCUGGAGUCACAACAGUAAUGUAAACUAUUGCUGUCUCCUUGGAGUUGUCUUUUCAUGUGUAUGUUUUUGCAAGAUUGUAUGGAUUGAACUUAUUGAAGCCUUUAGUAGGCUUAUCUUCCACUCAUGUCUCGGUUUUUACAUCAAUUCCAGUGAGGCUACAAACAACUCUGUGAUCUUGGCACUGAAAAAAAAGCCCUGAUGUUGAGAAGACACAUUUUUCCUCAAAUUCUCAAAAAAUACAUUAUCCUAUGUGUGAGCCAGUGUAGUCAAACAGUGUUAUGUACAAUAGAAAUCUGAGAUCCUUCAUGUUCAAAGAAACAGCGAUAUGCAACAUGUUUAUUUGUUAUAGUAUCAUUAUGGAUAUUUUUUAUGUUUAAUGCACAGCUGUGCUUUAUUUGAUUUAAACAUGGAGCAACAUCUUUGCUAUUGCUGUUAUUUUUUUAAGAUUAAAGAAGAAAACUACAUUUGAAUUUGAUUAAAAAUUCUGAAAUAGUGAAUAUCCAGACAACCCAUGUAUUUUUUUUGUUUUUUUAUUUGCUGAGAUCGUCCAGCCCUAUUUUGAUAACAAUUACUUUGUAAUCAGAUGACAGCAUUAUAAAAAUGCUGCUUUAUGUGUUUCAAUUCAUUUAACCCUAUCAAUGAUGUGUUUUUUAAUGUAUCUGAAAUGCAUAGCUCAUUCUGAAGAGAGAAAACAUGUUUGUAGAAAUGAUCUUUGACCUUCCUUUUAUCUGACUUUCUUUGAAAUGGAAAUAAAUGACGUAUUUCUUCAAAUAA